GUGACAUCACUUUCUCUCCGCUAGUGGGCUGUCAGUGGCUCGUAGCCUACACUUGUCCACAUGCAGUGGCCCUGGAAGGUGCGGGUGUAGUUUCGUUUUUCUCCUUCAUAUUUUUCGCUGCUCAGAAAGGGGGCUGGACAAAAUAUAAUCAUGAUGAACAACAGCUUCCUGAACAUGGCGUCGAUAGGAGACUUCGAACAGCUGAACGCGUCUAUUCCUGCCACAAAAGUUGAAAUCACCGUGUCUUGCAGAAACCUGCUUGACAGAGACACGUUCUCCAAAUCAGAUCCAAUAUGUGUCCUCUACACACAAGGAAUCGGCAACAAGGAGUGGAGAGAGUUCGGCAGGACAGAGGUAAUUGACAACACGCUGAACCCUGACUUCGUACGGAAGUUCAUCUUGGACUACUUCUUCGAGGAGAGGCAAAACCUCAGAUUUGACCUGUAUGAUGUGGACUCCAAGAGCACCAAUCUUUCCAAGCAUGAUUUCCUGGGCCAGGCCUGCUGUACGCUGGGGGAGGUGGUGGGAUCUCUGGGGGGGCGCCUGGAGAAACCCCUUGGAGGUAUACCCAACAAGAAAUGUGGCACGAUCAUCAUCAAAGCAGAGGAACUGGGAAACUGCAGGGAGUCGGUGAUGAUGCAGUUUUGUGGCAACAAGCUGGACAAGAAGGAUUUCUUUGGCAAAUCAGACCCCUUUCUGGUCUUUUACCGGAGCAACGAGGAUGGAACUUUCACCAUCUGCCAUAAGACGGAAGUGAUAAAGAACACACUGAACCCGGUGUGGCAGGCCUUUAAGAUCCCCGUCAGAGCCCUCUGCAAUGGAGACUAUGACAGAACCAUCAAGGUUGAAGUCUAUGACUGGGAUCGAGAUGGCAGCGUUUUCGCAGAUUCCAAGGACACUAUACAGCGUUUUAAAAAACGGGGAUCGGCACACUCAGACAGGUUUCAAGAAAAAAUCAGAUCCGACAACCAUGACUUUAUCGGAGAGUUCAGCACAAGCUAUAGAGAGCUGUCUCGUGGCCAAUCACAAUUCAACGUCUAUGAGGUGAUAAAUCCAAAGAAAAAAGGCAAAAAGAAAAAAUAUCUCAACUCGGGAACGGUAACACUGCUCUCCUUCCUGGUAGACACUGAGGUGACCUUCCUGGACUACAUCAAGGGCGGAACACAGAUUAAUUUCACCGUGGCCAUCGAUUUCACAGCCUCCAAUGGCAACCCAGCGCAGCCCACCUCGCUGCACUACAUGAACCCCUACCAGCUGAAUGCGUACGGCAUGGCCCUGAAGGCGGUGGGGGAGAUCAUCCAGGACUACGACAGCGAUAAGAUGUUCCCCGCGCUCGGCUUUGGAGCCAAGCUACCGCCCGACGGGAGGGUCUCGCACGAGUUUGCACUGAAUGGCAACCCUCAGAACCCCUACUGCCACCGCAUAGACGGAGUCAUGGAGGCCUACUACCAGAGUCUCAAGUCAGUACAGCUCUACGGCCCGACCAACUUCUCACCCGUCAUCAACCACGUAGCCAGGUAUGCUGCGUCGGUGAAGGACGGCUCUCAGUACUUUGUCCUCCUCAUCAUCACAGACGGGGUCAUCUCAGACAUGGCUCAGACCAAGGAGUCCAUCGUCAACGCCUCGUGUCUCCCCAUGUCGAUCAUCAUAGUAGGAGUGGGGCCAGCCGAGUUUGAUGCCAUGGUGGAGCUGGAUGGAGACGAGGUGCGGAUCUCAUCACGGGGUCGCUACGCAGAGAGAGACAUUGUACAGUUUGUGCCAUUCCGUGACUACAUAGACAGGACCGGCAACCACAUCCUGAGCAUGGCCCGGCUGGCCAAGGACGUACUGGCUGAGAUCCCGGACCAGUUCCUGUCCUACAUGCGGACCCGCGGCAUCAAACCCCUGCCUGCCCCUCCCCCGUACACGCCCCCGGGACACGCCCUCCAGACGCAGAUCUGACAGGGGCAGCGGAGCCGGAGCGGUCCCCUCCUGACUCCACCCUCCAACGAAUCCAAAACCCUCUUCUCUCUCUUUCUAUUGGAUCUUCUCUGUGAUAGAGUCAAGUGAUAGUUUGUGGAGGGGAGAUGUUCAGGGAUACAAUAUCUCGAGAUCUCUGGCGUCCAUUUCUCCCUCUCUGUAACUCACUUUUCUCUCUCUCUCUCGCUUUCUCGAUCUAUCUAUCUAUCUAUCUAUCUAUCUAUCUAUCUAUCUAUCUAUCUAUCUAUCUAUCUAUCUAUCUGUUCCUUGCACUAUGGAGAUGGAACACACUGAAGCCUCCAUCGGAACUGGGCUGGAACACACAUGGGGUUGUAGGGGCGGAAUCCCCCCCCCUCUAUUCUUCUUCAGGUGGAACCGGGGGCGGUGCUUGUUUACUUCCACAUCCAAUCAGAGCUUUCCUUUCAAAUGCUCUGACCAAUCAGCAGUUGCCACAAUCUAAAGUGGCAUUCUGGGAAUUUUCAACAAAUAACAAAAGCAGCAACACCAUGGCUAAGCCCUCCUGUCCUCCUGGCAUCCCAAAACAGGAGGGAUGGAAUUGAAGGAGGAACUGUGGAACGAUUGAAUGAAUGGAUGAAGGACUACACAAGUGGAGGGACAGACGUAACUGUCCUGAUCAAUGAGAACUGUCCUGGAUACCGCUCCAGGUCAGUCGUGAUUAUGUGGGAAGAUAAAUGUAUGGCUGUAUGUGUCGAUCUGUGCAGAGUAUAGUAUGGUAUAUCAUUGAUCAGUUGAUGGAUUGGUCGAUCGAUUCGUCAUUUGACGGAUUGGAUUGGAUUGCAUGCUGUGAGGACGGAAGAAGCUUGUAGAUGUACAGUAUGUACCACGCCGCCGAUCUUGCUACUCUCGUCAAGAACGUACGCCCGUGGAGCCAACCCACCAAUGGAGAUAAGUAUGCAAAGGCAAGCAUACAAACAAGGACACACAGACUGAUCUCUUGUUGAGAAAUGUCCUUGCAGGGUUGACGUGUCUGUGGACCUAAACCCAACUGACUGUUGUACAGACCUGGACAUAAACUUCUGCUCAAUCACACCAACUCUCUUUUUAUUCCUUUGAUCUAUCUAUCUAUCUAUCUAUCUAUCUACAGUUGAG